AUGAUGCAAGCACGCGAUGCUACGGGCCGCAAGGUCUCCCUCCUCAACGACGAUGCCGACCCUUCGCCUUCCUUUAUCUCCCCGGCUCCACAUGCGCAGCCACAACGUCCGAGCUAUCGGGCUUCGACUCUGAUCAACUCGCAAAACUACUCUACCAGCUCGCUGCGAAGCAAUUCUCCCUCGCCUCACACACCUGAGCUUCUCCGAUCAGACUCGUACGACUCCAACAUGAGCACAGGGCCUGGCUCGCCUUUGACGCCCACCGCCUAUGAAUACUCGCGAGCUCACCCUUUCGUGUCCGGUCAGCCUCUCUACGACGAGUACGACCAGACAACCAAGCGACCUACCUACGCCGCCACCAGCCGGUCCAACUCGUAUGAUGACGAUGCCACCGCCACCUCCAGCCUGCCGGACCGCGCCGGCAAGCGGUAUCCUUGCCGCUAUCGGGACAGCCACGGUUGCGAGAAGACCUUCACCACCUCUGGCCAUGCCUCGCGGCACUCCAAGAUUCACACGGCCGAGAAGGCCGUCCAGUGCACCUUCGCUGGCUGCCAAAAGAAGUUCACCAGGGCCGACAACAUGAAGCAACAUCUCGAAACCCACUACAAGGACAAGGCGCGUAUGCCUGCCUCGACCAAGCCCGUGCCUUCGCGCGCUGCCGUUGGUGCUCUGACAGGGUCUGCAAGAAGGUCCUCGUCCUCUAGCAAGACGUCCGCCAGUUUCCGCGCCGCCCAACGUGAACAGGCAGCCUGGGAUGCCGAGCAGUACAACCACUCCGCAUCUAACACAACAGCCUUGCCGUCUCCUGGAGUUUCCUCUGGCGCAUGGGACUUGCGGGCGCUCAAUGCUCCUCUCAUGAGUCGGCCCAACGCCGCGCGGACACCCAGUGGCCUUGACGCUCUCGCCAUGGCCAUCGCUUGCCAAGAGGGUUGA